AUGAGAGAUGUGAUGCAAUCAGGCAAUCAGUAACCCUAGGCCGUAGUCAUCAUCGUCCCCCACCCACCUCUGCCGCGGCGGGCCGCCGGCGAGUGAAGGAGCGGCGAUCGGUCACUUCUUCGGUCCUCGCACCAAUACGUCCCUACCUCCAGCCUUUUUCUGCUGACGUCGUCGCGCAGCAGCAUGGACGCACGGGCCGUGCUCGGCGUAACGCCGCCCUCGCCUAAGCGCCCCAGGAACGAGGAGACGCCGCCUCCCGCGGACAGCAACGGGGCGGACCGCCUCAGCGACCUCCCGGAGGGCGUGCUCCACCACCUGCUGUCGCUCCUGCCGGCGCACGAGGCCGUGCGCACGUGCGUCCUCGCCCGGCGCUGGCGCCACCUCUGGAUGUCCGCGCCAGGCCUUGUCGUCACCGAAAUCAAUGGGUUCCGGAGCGCUGAGAAGCUCGACCUCUUCGUCACCCGCUUGCUGCUCCUGCACCGCAGCGGCGACGGCGGCGACGCGCGCCUCGAGUCCUGCCAGUUCUCCCUCUGCGGGUUCUACUUCGAGUUCGACGGGUUCUUGCCUGCCAGCGCGCCGCACUUGACCCGCUGGAUUCUGACUGCUCUGCAGCGCCAGGUCAAGGCGCUCCGGGUCUCUCUCGGGGAUUUCGAGGAGGACUUCCAGCUCCCUCAUCAGCCUCUCUCCUCGCACAACCUCACCACGCUGGACCUCGACAACGUGGAUACCAACGACAGCGUCCUUGAUUUUUCGGGCUGCCCGGCGCUCCUGAAUCUUAAGAUGAGCUUUGCCCAUGUUAAUGCUCACAGGAUAGCUUCUCAAUCCCUCAAGCAUCUGAUCAUGAAAUACUGCGGCUUCUAUGCCGAGGAACGCACCCGGAUAUCUCUACCCAGUCUCGUUUCUCUGGAGCUAAUUGAUCCCAUGGGCAGGGCUCCAUUGCUUGAGAGCAUGCCGGCGCUGCAAACGGCAACAUUUCUAUUUAAUUACGACUGCACCGAUAUAUGUUCUGAUCGUAUUGGUCGGUUUGACGCUUGUGGCAGAUCUAUGUGCGAGGGUUGUUACUAUAACUAUGAACCUGUUGAUGAUCACAAUGAUUCCUUGCUUCUGAAAGGUUUGUCCGAAGCUACAGAGUUGAACUUGGAAGCGAUUCCUGAUGUGUAUGUUUUCAUGAGGGACUUAAAGUGGUGCCCGACAUUUAGCAAGUUAAAGACUCUUGUACUCGGCGAAUGGUGUCUUGCUGCGGACCUUGACGCGUUAAUUUUAUUUCUCAGACACUCCCCAUUUCUGGAGAAACUUACUCUUCAUCUGCCACCGCUAGAGGAGGCACGCAAAAAAUCAAUGAAGGCAGAAAAAAUCUACAAUCCACUGGAACAGUUAGUUGCUUCUAGCCUUCUUCAGAUGGUUACAAUCAAAUGCCAAGAGGUUGACGGGAUGGUUCUUCGACUUUUGAAGAUGUUAAAUGCCUCAAGCGUAACAUUUGAAAAAAUCAUUAUCCAGUGUCUUAAUAGACCUUCAUGUUAUGGCUGUUUCAGUUUUGUGUGCACGGAUCUGAGCUUGGAAUAGAGGUCUUCAGUUUUUUACGCAUGGAUUCCUAUUUUGCCUCCGAAAAGUAUGCAGGAAGUUUGCAGUUGAAUUAUAUGUCCUCUCUGUGUGCAAGAUUCUUCUGUUAGACUGCCCUUAAAACGUUUUGCCAUAUUACUGUUGUCUUGUCUCUAAAAGGACAAAAUUUGACAAUUAUAGAGUUCCUUCUUUCUCGUUUGUUUUAUAUUUAAUAUUUGGAGUUCAUCUCAGAAAAAAAUGAAGUUCAUCUUGAUAAGAGUUUUGCUAAAGCUUGAACAUGCAUGGUGUACGAUUGGUGUCCGGCCUCCUCUGUCAAUUUAGUUGGGUGUUACAAACUUUUGAACACCGGGUUAAUGAGAGGAAAUGUUAUUUUCAGCCUA